CCCAUGUACACAACCUCCCUCACUCACCUCACUUCACUCUCACACCACCGCACAGCAGCUCUGGAAGUCUCCAGAGUCAGCUCCACACUUCACCAUCCUCACACACACACUAUCAUCCUCACCGUCACUAUACCAUUAGGUCCGAGAGCGCUACGAAUCAAAAGCUUGACAUCCUUAGUCUCCGGUACACAUUCCCGCACAUAUAUAGGUGACGGCCGCGGUAUCUGGUUCCAGGUUACACAUCUCAGCCAUUUUCGUUUCAUCAUGGUAUGCAUUUAAACAUCAAUGUUUUGAAUAUGAUUUGGAGUUCAACACACAUCCAAUUUUCUUAAAGGAAUCUAGGGGGCUAAAAUGUCCAGGUUUCGUUCACUAUUGCAAGCAUCCCUUGCUGCAACUAAAAGAGCUCUUACAUGGAACCUUGAAGACUUAACUCCUCCACGUGAAAGAUUAAUAUUCAAUUUCAACUCAAAAGCUGAACUGAAAAAGUGGCAUUUAUAUUCAGAUUCUGAAUAUGGAGGUAUGUCAUCUGCUUCUCUAGAGAUUAAAGAUACAAGUGAUGGACCUAGUGCUGUAGGACCAAGAUUUUGAGUUUGGGAGCAAGCUGCAAGAGGCCAAGGGCCCAAGAGUGAUAAGGGAAUUUCUUUACUUCACCCACGGUCAUGUUUGAAUUGAUCUAGUCAGGUACUUUACAAUUGUCAAAGUCUGGUUCGGUCUAGUCUGUUAAAGUCUGGUCUGUUUUGGGACUGAAACCAAUGAAGAUUAGUUUAGGACAGAAGUUCAAAAUUAAGUACUACAUAAUAUUUAGGUGAUUGAAUUUCUUAGAAGCUGGAAUGGUUAUGAUUGUUGGGAUCUAUUGUUACUUCAUUACUAGGAUUAUUAUUAUUAUUAUUAUUUUAUUCAUAUAUAAGAAUUAUAAGACUAAUGUAUUACUAGAAUUUUGGGGCAUGUAUGUUUUUAAUUUCAAUAAUGCAAUGCCAAGUAAUAACUGAGUAAUCUGUCCUACUCGUUAGUCAGCCCUUGGCCAAGUUGCCACCUAGUAGCGAUUUAACUACUCAUGUGGUUUAUAAUCUUUUAUUCCUUUCUAAAUAAAUGUCAACCACAGUUUCAUUUUGUUCUUUAAACUCUGUGCCAUGUCAAACCUAGAACCUAUCAUUGGGAGGGAGGUAGUUCUUGUAAAUGAACCCAUGAGAUUAUUCAGUGGUUAAUGUAUCCACCCCGUUGAUUUGGAGUUAAAGUUUUGAUUACUAAUUGGUUAAACUAUAUCAGUUUGUGAUCGUUAAUUUGUUAUUGAGGCAAGUAAAAGGAGUUACAAAAUUUCUGCAAUUAGAUGGAGUCCUACCUGCCGUCUUCAGUUCCUCCACUGAUCUCAACUUAUUGCAAUAUAACCUGAAAUCAUUAGUUUUGACGAGCCGUACACUAAACCUUAAGGUGAAAUUGAGCACACCGAUAUAUUAGCAGCAAUAAAAAAGAAAGUAACACUCCAUGACUCCACUCUUGUUUCUUCUUUUAAACAUGUUAUUUUGGCAAUUGGGACAGGGAUAUUUUCUGGAAACCUCUCUCUAGAUGUUGUCGAGGAUUCAACCGGGAACAUGACUAGAAGUGGCUUUUGCGGAAUGAGGUCUAAAAAGUUUGAUGGCUUCAUUGACUUGGAUGCAUAUGAUACAAUAGCAGUCAAACUGAAAGGAGAUGGGAGGAACUACAUCUCUACUAUCUACACCCAGAAUUGGGUGAAUUCUCCUGGGCAAGAGGAAGAUAACUCAUGGCAGGCAUUUGUUUUUGUACCUAAAGACGACUGGUACAUAGCUAAGAUACCACUUUCCAUGUACGUGCCGACAUGGAGAGGAAACAUAAUAAAUGCAAAGUUGGAGAUGAAUCCAUCCCGAGUUCUGGCUAUGGCUCUAUCUGUCAAUGCAGAAGGUGGAGUCCCAGGUGCGAGGUCUGGCCCCAGAGAUUUUCAUGUGGAAAUUGAUUGGAUCAAAGCCUUGCGAACAGUAUGAACAAGAGGCUGAAGCAGGUUUUACUACUUAGAAAAUGUGGAUGCAACUGUGGGAUGGACCGAAAAGGAAAGAUGUACAAUUUUAGCGGGAUGGAGGACAUACUUCAUAACUCAUUCCAGUAACUUGCAAAGGUCGACUGAGGCUGCGCUUAGAUUUGUAUUGAUAAGUACUCGAUUUCCCACUUUCCUAGUUUGGUUGUUUUUCCCCAAUGGCUCGUGUGCUUAUAAUGCGGGCACAUCAGUAAAUACUUACUUUGGUUUCAUUUUUUUUUUGCGUUGUCACCACAAAAUCUAUACUAAUAUAAAAAGAGAAACCAAGACAUAACAGUUUCCGCCUCAAAGUUACGGAUCGGCAAAUAAGCGAC